AUGUGGUUUCAUGGCACGGCAUUUCUCGGAUACGUGGCUGCUACGGCUUUGGUGCGAGCUCUACCAUACGAGCCAAAUAGAGAGCCAAUGGAUCUUGUGGACAUAAUGGAACAUGAAGCGACGGCGAAGGGGAUUCCUCUAACCAAAGACUUAUACCCUAAACCCGCAUCUGGCAGGUCAUGGGAGUGGGAGUGGUGCAAUGACGUUGAUGCUCGACAGUACCUGAUGGAACUUGAGGCGGUUGAGCUGUCUCCAGACCCACCCAUCCUGGGUACCAACUUAACAUUUCACGGUACUGGUUCGCUUAAUGGCCCUAUCACAAAUGGAAGCUAUGUGGAUGUGAGUGCCUAUCUUGGAUUUCUGCGCGUGUAUGCGGAACGAAUGGAUUUAUGUGAAGUACUUGAUAAAAAUAAUGUUCAGGUUCGAUGCCCUAUGGAACCUGGCCUGUAUGACAUUACUCACGUGGUUGAAAUACCUAGUGGCCGUGUACCUCCUAUACCUUUUCGCUUUAAGAUAACGGGCAUGUCACAAGACAACAAACAGAUUGCUUGCAUCCAUGGAAAAAUCAGAUUUUACAAUUCACUCUCUGCAUGGACGCGUUGGUUCCAAGUAGCGUGGCAGUUCCUGGUUUCGUCGAUGUACAUAUAG